ACGUCAAGACACAGUGAUAGCUCAUCCCAAGGAACAGGAAGGAAGAGAGUAGCGAGCCAAGAGAUCGAGAGGAGAAACAGACGAGGAAGGGAGAACAAGAAGAGGAAGCUAGAGGCGACACACGGUCUGGCCACCAUGAGAAAGGGAAAGUCUGAUUCUCAUGCCAGAGACUCCGCAGAUAGGCUUGCAGCCCGUAUUCCUCCGUCGUUUGAGAUGCAGGAUCUAACGGGGAAGAACAAGUGGAGGUUGAUGCCGGGAUGCUGCUUCCAGCUGCAUGUAAAAGUCCCGUGCAGAGCAGUGAUAGGAAUCCAUGGGGUAAAAUUGACGAGACACGGAGACACUCCAUAUAACCCAAAUCAGAAAGGUGCAGUCAAGCUUAGCUUGCAGAGGGACCCAGAGGGGACAACGGUCAUGGAUGCCAGCAGGACGAAGGAUGAGGCUACCAUUUGCCUUCCGCCGGCCCGUCUGACGAGCGAGUCGGUGGACUCGGGUCAAGGGAGUCAAACCUGUUGUGCUGGUCUGCUCCUAACUCGCUCAGGAAUUCGCCCCCUGUCAGAACAAGGACCGUCGUACGUCGACGCAGCAACUCCACUCAGCGAAUACGCCAAUGGCGGGUGGGCCAUCAUGCUAAGCAGGGAGUUCCGGCCGAGCCUUUGUUUCUCGAGGGGGAAAUGGAGCAACGACCCUGGUCAUCCUCGUGGACACAAGCCCCCGAGAACGGUCGGAGGCCGGGAGCUUAGCGCGUGGGUAAAAUAUGUGAGAGAGAGAAAGAGAGACAGAGAGAGGCCCCGAAAGCCACCACCGUGUCAUGGCGGAUUGGCGUCGAGGUGGAUCCCCGUAAGCCCAUCCAUCGUAUCUUGCAGUUGCAGGGCGAGUUCUUUCGAUGGGUCUCUGCAAUUUGACUUUCGUCCCGAGAUUUCAGGCCAUGAGGCACUGCUGACUGAGCGAGUGCUUGGGCCAGAACGUUGGAAAUGUACAUCGGAUCCAGCCGGAAGGGAUGGUGUGGAGGAGAAAAAGUGA